AUCUAUAAAGCGCCGCUCUCUUAACUCGACUCUCACCUGGUUUUCCUCCCUUCUCUCUACAGUCUUCGUGUUCUCCGCCCCCACCUUCCUCACAUCUCUGAAUUUCUCUUCGUUGAAUCCAUCCAUCGAACUCUUUCUUCAAUGGCCUCUGUCACGGGAGCUGCUUCAAUGGGAAUGACUUGUCUCUCUUUCAAGCCGAGCAAGGUACCAAUUCAUGGGGUAUCAAAACUGAAAUCAGUUUCCUUUUCCAUCAGCGGGAAGAGCCUCCCAUCUCUUAGAAUGCAGCCUGGAUCAUCCCGCUUCAGGGUUUCCUGUGCGGCUAAGGCAGAGACAGUGGAGAAAGUGUGUGAAAUAGUGAGGAAGCAGCUGGCACUACCCGAGGAUUCAGCAGUCACCGGAGAGUCUAAAUUUGCUUCACUUGGAGCUGAUUCUCUAGACACGGUUGAAAUUGUUAUGGGACUUGAGGAGGAAUUUGGGAUUAGCGUGGAAGAAGAAAGUGCCCAGAGUAUCACCACGGUUCAAGAUGCAGCGGAUUUGAUCGAGAAGCUCAUCGAGAAGAAGGGUGCUUAAAAGGAGUUACGGCUUACCCCAGCUUGCCCAUGCUUGCCUGCCCAUGUUUUCCAUUAACUUUCAGUUUGCUUUCUUGUUUAUGGAACUUAUAGAUGAUCGUUUCUGUUAAACCCACCAUAAAGGUCGCCGUUAAUCUUUUCUUUUAAUUAUCUACCAUUCAACUGUCACCUCUCCCUUUUUGGGGUAUCUGUCUCACUGUGUCAUCAAUAUAAUUCAAUUUUUUUUUUUCUUUUUGGGUGCAUCUCAGUGUAGUCCAUACCCUCAGACACAGGGAAGGCUCUCUU